AUGGAGCCGGCGUUGCGACGAGCAGCCUCCAGCGUCUGCGGACAAUGUUCCGCGACAUUGAGGAGGCAAUUGAUCUCCAACAGCGGUGUUAGAACCGUUUCCAGAAUCGCAUCAGCCCACUCGACGAGGGGUCUACAUUCCACCGUUCCGAGGAAAUCGAAGGCGAAUAAUGCGACGAGGCAAUUCUCCUCAACGGCCAAGGCCUCCAGCGAGGCAGCCGCUGCUAAGCCUGCGAGCACCGAGACGACAACCCGGAAGCUCCGUUCAGACGAUCUUUUCCACUCCUUCACGAACUCGCCCAUUCCCGAGAUCCGGCGUCGAGCGGCUUUCAUGAGACAACAUGCGUACUGCCCGCACCCAGACCAUAGAGCAACUCGUGUACCCACGAUUGCACCGCAGGGCGAUGAGCACGCACAUCAGACUGGAAACCUUGCGCCGGCGCAUGUUGACUUCGAAUGCCCCGACUGUGGAGUUCCUGUUUACUGCAGCAAGGAGCACUGGAUGGAUAAUUACGAGGCACAUCUUGAGAUCUGCGACACUUUGAAGGAGAUCAAUGAGGAUGACCAUGAUCUGCGGUCUGGCCGUGCUUUCCCAGAGUUUGUCAUGGCCGACGACCAAAUGCCGGAGGCCGUUGUUAACAUGACCAACUGGGACACGUUUAUGUACAGCCGAGAGUUCGAGGCUAUCAACGACGAGCGUAGCAUGAGGCAGGUCACGAAGAUGCUUACGUACCCCAUUACUAUUGGCAGCAUUCUGCAUGAGCUCAGCCCGUACAGCGUAAAGCAGGGUGAAAGGCUCACAAGCGAGGGUUUGAAGAGUUUGAGUGCUUUGCGUUACACACUUCACCCUCCUCUUUCAGGAAAGGGCACAGAUAUGAAGGACCUUCGUCCUGAGGCGCCGCCUGUGAGAGUGUUCUGCUUGGGCGCUCGCGCCGAGUCAUCGCUUCCGAGAAACGUCUGGCUUCAGCUGGCGCAUCUGUUCCCCGAGAGCAAGAUCCACCUCAUCUUCAUCGGCCCUGAAAGUAUGGCGAACAGGGAUGACGAAUUCCCGCUUCCCCCCAGAACACCCGAGAAUCCAUUUGGCAUGGUGAUUGAAGACCGGAUAUCCCACAAGCUAAAGAUCAGCACUAUUGUGGACUACUAUCAUACCAUCCACAAGACGGGAUACUUUGCGCCAUAUGAUCCGUACUUUGACUGCUUCUGCCUUUUCCACCCCGGCCUGGGUCACCCAGCGAGCAGCCACGAAUGGUCCGAGACUCUGCCGAUGCUUCUUGAGACGAAGCUUCCCAUCAUUGCCACAGGAUACACCCAGUUCGACAUGGAGAGAGAUAUUGAGUGGGUUCGUAAGACCGCUGCUGGCGAGUUCGAUAUCCUUUUGGAGCCCGGCGAGAACCGUUUCCGCAGUCUGAGGUGGGAUCUCAACGACCUCGAUCCUCAGGACGUCAGCUGCGGAAACUGGGGAGUCUGGGCAUUCCUCAGUUUCGCGAACGACAUCACCUCCUUUGCCCCGACACCCUCGACCCCCGCUACCGAACGUCUCCGUCCGCAGUUGCAGAGCAAUCCUUCCGCUCGCCGAUCAAUUCGCGCAGCCCCUACCGACUUCCUCUCCGACAGGGCCACUGCCGCCUUCAUCCGUCGUGUCCUAUGUUCCCAACAGCUAUCCGAUAAGGAGAGAACCACCCCGCCCCCGAUUGAGGAGCUGCUGCCGCCCCUGACAAGUCGAAACGACGUCGACCUUCAGCUAUACGCCCUGAUUGCUGUCAUUUUGAGGGAAUACGUACAGGCCUGGUACAGCAAGAUCACACCAGAUGAGGCCUUUGUCGACGAGAUUGUCCAGAUCAUAGCCCAUUGUACCAGAGCUCUGGAACAACGGCUGCGGAAGGUCGAUCUAGAAAGCCUGCUCUUCGACGAGCUUCCCGACUUGCUUGACAAACAUAUCAUCGUGGCGCCCUUGUCACCAAUACCACGGCCAGACCAACCAGAGACCGUUGCGAAGCAGCAAGAGAACGAGGCAAUCUACCGCCAGUUGUUGGUACAAGGCGUUUUGGCCGUACUGCUGCCAACCGAAGACCUCGAAAACGACUGCCUAACCUCCUUGGUCGGUCAAAUCUUCUCUGAGCUAAUCAUUGGCAAUGUCUUGGCCAAUCGGCUGUCUCAGCCAUGGCUUAUUUACGAAUGCCUGAUUAUUCUCACGAGAGUCCUUGAACGCAAGUCUGAACCCAUCGAGGAAGAUGUUGCAGAGGCGGUGCAGGCCGGGUCAGCGGCUCCUCUGCCUAGACCGGCUCGCCGCAGCUGGUCAAUCCAAGGGGUAUUUUGGUCUUUCGUACACUGGUGUUUUCUGUCAUUUGCAAUGAUACGCCUGAUUGUCACCACUCUCGCCAUGUCUUCAUCCUUGCCUCCAAGAGCAGAUGUUGCCUACAAUGAGAAACACGAGGUGACGAGUCAGUUAUCAGAUUCAAAAGCGCCUGAUGCACUCACGGGCUUAGACGAAGCACAACCAGUGAAGACUCCCAUCUUCGCCUUCAAGCUUUGGACCUGCAUAUCCGACCUGAUCGAACUGGACGCCCGCAUGCCUUGGUUGAGCGGAACGCUCUCGAUGCUUCAGCUCGGAGCUAUGAAAGGUCCAGGCCGGGUCGCCGCCCUUAACGGACCCAUGGACAGGAAGCCUCAUUUACGCGCCCAGCUCCAACAACGAGCACCGACUUACAAGGGUCUGGUCACCACCGUCAUCUCCUUCAUCCACGCACACCUACGGAGACCCGGCACUCAGUCACUCAACCUUCACGCCCUCGCUUCCCCUUCGCCCCACCGCAUCAGCCUGCCAGAAACACCGUCAGAAGUCGGUACACGGGUUGGCAUCAUUCUUGCUGCUGGUGACGGGGCCGCGUUCACUAGCAGUAUCAUCAUGGGGCUCCCCACGGGCUUCGUCAAUGGCCGCCUGUCAGCGCUUGCCGCGUCGCGCGCGAAUUAUAGGCUCAUCUCGCAUACCAUACACCAACGGGUUCUCGACGCCGCGUACCUGCCCACCCUCCUUCGGUCCAUCCGCGCCGCCCUCUUUCCCAACAACGCUCCCGGCGUCUCGACCUUGGUGGCCCCCUCCUCCGAUCAGGAGCUGCGUGCCCUGCGCCGCAGGUGCGCUAGCGCGGUUCUAGCCAGAAUCCCGCCGUGGCUGGCUAGGCUCUACCUAGGCGGGCGAGGCCUUGGCCUCCGGUGGCGGUCCGGUCCGGACUCUAGAGCAACAGGAGCAGCAGCAGCAGAAGCUGGGGCUAGCGGGGAUAACACCGCCGCGGCCGGUGAUUCUGGCUCUGGUACUGGCAGCAGCAGGGAUGCCAACGUCGAGGCGGUCGCCACCGGCACUAGCGACUGCGAUAGUUCAGGUGACGAGAACAGCACAAAGUCGCAGCCUCCUGAAGACGAUGAGGAUCAGCAGCAGAUGCUGUCCGAGAUUGAGGAGGGCAUCCUCGACGUCUUUUCGGACGAAUACUGCAACAAACACUUUGUGUACGGCAUGUUGGAGUUGAUCCUGGUGAGACUGAUGCCCGAGCUGGCGGAGAAGGGGGUGGUUGAGCUGUGGGAGGAACGAUUGAGCCUAUGA